CCUCCACACGUCUAUCUUCUACCCAUCGCUCACUCGUUCUCUCCCUCCGCUGAGAAGAGCCACCGGAGGUUUAGUUCUGGAUUAUUUUCUUAUUCUUUAACUUCCACUUCCCGGGGAUGAAGAUCCGAGUGAUCCAGAUCUGGGGCUUCCUGAUGACGGUGCUGGGCUGGAUCUUCGUGGCUUGCACCAUGGCCAUGGAGGGCUGGAAGAUCACCUCCAUCGGGGGCAUGGGCGGCUCGUCCAUCAUCAAGGUGGCGUGGUACUGGUCCAGCCUGUGGAGGUCCUGCUUCACAGACUCCACGGCCGUCAGUAACUGCUACGACUACCCCGUGCUCUGGUCCGUGGAGGGACACAUCCAGAUCGUGCGCGGCCUGCUGAUGGCGGCGCUCUCCCUGGGCAUGCUGGGCUUCGUGCUCAGCCUGCUGGGCAUGGAGUGCACCUUCAUCGGGGGGAAAGACCCGUCCAAGUACAGGAAGAUCUACGCUGGGGGGUGGUGCCACAUCGUCAGCGGUUUGCUGUCCACAUGUGGGUACGCCGUUUACGCACAGCAUGUCUCAGUAGAAUAUUUCACCCCCGACUUCGACGGACUCACGUACGACCUGGGCACGCCGCUCUUCCUGGGCUGGGUGGGCUCGGCCUUCCAAUCCACCGGCGGGUUCUUCUAUCUGUGGUCGGUGUGCACGCCGCUCUGCGGGGGCCAGACCACGGUGAUCAACAUCAGAGAGCUGCAAGACCCCGAACAGAGCAAGUCCACCACAGCUCUGUCGGCCGUGUCGGAGAUCACAUCGAAGACCAAACUCUCCUCCGUCUCCGAGCUGUCGUCUCGCUCCGACCGCUCCGACGUAUCGGACAUCUCCUCGAAGACGGGGCGCACAUCCAAGUCGGGUCGCUCUUCCAAGAGUGGACGGACCGCCAGAUCAGCGAGGUCUGCAGGGUCCACGUCUGAAUCGGGGUCCGAGUCGCAGUCCGCGCUCUCCUCCAGCGUUUCCACCUUGUCGGAUCUGAGGAGCGGCGGCGGCGGCGGCAGCAGUCGGACGGUGUCGUCACUGUCGGGCAGCUCCAGGAGUGAAACCACUCCCUUCAUCAAAAACUCCUACAUCUAAACAUUUAUUUUGAAAUUUGCCUUUACACUGUUUUGAUUGAAAGUGUUUUUUGUUUCUUGAAUGUGUUUAAACUGGACCUCAAACCAAUGCCUCAUCAAAUGCCAGCACCUGGUCACCUUUUAACAGCAAAUAAAAGUCCGC